AAACUGAAAUGUUUUAUACAUAUUUAUGUAAGAUUUCUGCAACUAUUCUAACACUUCCAUAAACAAAAACUUGCAAGUUGUGUAUAUAUGUUAGAAGCGAUGUAUUUUCGUGAUGAUUUGAAAAGGAUAAUCUGAAAAGCAGAUUGCUCUUAGUUAUUAGACUUAGCGCAACUUUUAUUGAGAUCUCAGCACUCUUUAGCUUUAGAUUUUAGAAAAUAGAAGAUUCAUCGGAUAGUUCGUAGGAACCGAUUCGAUGCAACGUAUCACGUAUUGCCUUGUCUUCUGUCAUGUCAGAGUGCAAUGAUUUAAAAAAAAGUUGCAAGUAAUUACUGAGAAAGCUUUCUUUAGUGAUUCACUCUUUAUUAAACUUAUUUCUUUAAUUAUUUAUUACAAAGAAUUUUUAAAUCAUUCGAAGCACGAAUUUAAGAACCAUCGGUCAUAUGUAGUAUGAUUAUGUAUACAUAUUAAAUGUAAUAUGUAAUUACAAUAAACGUAAAUGUUAGUAACAAAAAAGUUUUGUACCGAUAUGCGAGCGUGAUAUUUAUACGUUAUACAAGAUAUUAUUUAAAAAAAUAGAAGAUCUGGGCACUGAAUAAGGAAAAAUGUGGACCUUCUGGCAAGAAAAUCGAAUUGAACAACUCGGCACUUAUUGUUAGUCUAGAACUUCUGGAGCAAACACAUUUUUGUCUACCUAGCUCCACGUCCUCAAUGUUUCCAUAGUAACAAUAAUUGUUUAGAAAUGGAAAUUAAACCCACUUAUACAUUUGUACCCCUUGCACAAAAGAAUUUUGUCAAAAUACAUGAUAAAACAACUCAGGAAUUUCUUACCAAAUGUGUUAACUUUUGUGUUCCAAUUAAUAGGCAUAAUAGCAUCAAGUGUAGAAGUAAAGCCUAUUCCUUGUUCUGUCUUAAACAUGAAUUUUUUUAACAAAUUAAAAGACCCUGAGAAUGCAGUUGUAUAUAAAUCUGGAACUAUUUGUAAGAGAUAUGAUAUGGAAAUAGAAAAUUUUUUAAUCUCUGAUAAUCUUAGAGGGAUGUUAUUGGAUGAAGAAUGCCCAGAAUAUAAUUUAUAUUCUAAAGAUGAACGUGAAGAAUUUAUAUUUUGUAUUUUUCAAAUGCUUGUUCUUGGAGGGAUAUUGUGUCAAUAUGAAGAUGUUUUAAAUCCAUAUUUAAACGUGACAAAGGCUAUCUAUAAAGACUUAAUAAAGUUGGUACAAAAGAAUAAAGAUGCAGAUUUGUCAAUUAGUACAGUAGUUUUGCAAGUAAUAGCUAAAGAUAGUAAAGGACAAGCUUAUUUUCCGCAUGAUCCAUGUCAUAAACAAAAUAUAGGAUUUUUACUAAUAGAUGGUAUUACUCAUGAGAUUACAACAUUCUUACAUCAGUUUGGAGAAUAUUGUCAAUAAGUAGAGUAUAAUAACUAGAGUACAAAAAGAAUUUAAAGAAUUAUACUGCAAAUAUAUAUUAACAAUAAACCGUCAUUUAUUAUGUAAAUAUCGAAAAUUUUUAUUAAUUCAUUACAUUGUAUUAUGUAAAUAUUGAAAAUUUUUAUUAAGUCAUUACAUUGUAUUGUGCAUUAUUUACAUUAUAUAUUUACUGUGUAUCUAAUAUUUAUUGGUUUGUUGAAAUAUGCUAACAAUAAUUUCAAAUUUGGUAACAAAUGUUUUGAUUAUACAAUUUAUAAAUAUAUUUUGGUA